AUGAAACCUGUCCAAGCCCUUCUUAACUCUCGACCUCGACCUCGACUUCACUUCUUGACCUUCGCUCUCUUCUUCAUCAUCUUCGCCUGCAGCCCUACCACCACGCAGGCAGACCCAUCUGUCCACGAGACUCGCAACAACAACCCACUGAACAUUAAUAGGGAUCCCGCACCGUCGCCCGAGGACGGACCUCCAGCAUCUGCCGGUGCCCUGAGAGAUCCCUCAUAUCUUCCCUACCAGGUCGGCGCCAUCGUCGGCUCGUACGGAGUAUCCUUGGUGCUGGUCGCCGUUUUGUUGCUUAUCCUGUCCAAGAGACGUCGUGAGGCCCUGUCUGCCGGCGACGAAGAGGUUGACUUCGAGGAGCCAAAAUCGCCCCCGUUUUCGCUGCCGCCGAAGCUCACGCUAGAGGUGCCCAGUUCCCCAAGGAGCAUCCCGCGGAGCCCCGUUCGCAAUCGCAACUUUUCGUAUCCCGCCGCGGACGAGUAUCAGACACCGGAGUACCCAACUCCCCAGACGCCUUACGUCGCCCCAACACCCACCUCAACACUUCACGCGCCCGGAGUAGAUUUCACGGUAGACCAGCGAGUGGUUGCAAACGAUAGGAAAAUGGCACAGACGCAGCUCGAGGAGAUGUACAAGUACGUGAUGGAGCAGGAGGAGGCCAAGGCACAGGGCAUCAAGCUGGAGGGAUCGCCGGUGCUUUCCAACAACCCGCCGCAGUUGCCAGCACCACCAAGCGCCGGCUUCAGCAAGUCGACGCUCAGGAAGGAGAAGCACAAGCCGGGAAACCUGAACCUCGGGGAAGAAAAGUCCGAGAAGAAGCAGUCGAGGGCAUCGUCCAUCUUCGCGGCCCUGCGCUCGCCUAAGAAGAACAAGGAGGUCAGGGGCAUCAGCAUCUCGUCGCCCAUCAUGACCCCCAUGACGGGAACCUUCCCACGCCAGGAGUCCCAGGAGCUGAGCGCCAUCCCGCCGCGGCAGUACGCGCCGCCGCCGCCGCCGCCGGUGCCUUCCAGCCACAUGCAGUACGGGAGCGUGCAGCAGCAGAACGGGCAAGUGUCUCCCGUCAGCCCGGAGCACUCGCCCGAGAGCACGCAGAGCAUCGACGAGCGGAUCGGCGGGCAGAUCCCCAUCGGCCACAUCCGUAACCCGUCCGCGGCACUGUCCGAGAUGGACCCCAACUCGGCCGUGUCGGAGAGGUCGACCGCCCCGCUCAUUGGGCUACCGCAGUCCCCGAAGCCGGGUGCCCGGUUCUCCACCACCCUCCCGGCAUCCCCGAAGCCGGGCUCAUCGUUCCAGAUCCCCGCGGCACCUGGUGCCGGCGGUGGGUUCCGGUCCAAGGCCCCUCGGCGGUCCGCACCGGCGGCGCCCUACCGCUGCGCGCCGCAGCAGACCACCAAGCAGACCGUCUUCACGCGCACGGGUCCGCUGUCCCCCUCUGGAGCACGGACACCGGCGACGGGGAUGGCGGUGCCGUACUCGCCUUACCAGCCCUUCACGCCGUGCGUGCCCAUGACGCCGUCACUGGUGACCAAGGCCGACCGCAAGAGGAUGAAGAAGCUGGAGCCCAAGACACCGACGUUGGAGAUGGUCAGGAGCGAGGACGACAUCUGGUAA